CGAGGAUGAACAAGCCCGUGACGACUUCGACCUACGUCCGCUGCAUCAGCUACGGGCUCAUGAGGCGGCUGGCGGACUUCAUCGACCCGCAGGAAGGGUGGAAGAAACUGGCAGUUGAUAUCACCGAUCCCUCCGGGGAAAGCAGAUACAACCAAAUGCAUAUAAGGAGAUUUGAGGCAUUUGUACAAAUGGGAAAGAGCCCCACCUGUGAAUUACUUUAUGACUGGGGAACGACAAACUGCACAGUUGGUGAUCUUGUGGAUCUGCUGAUCAGGAAUCAAUUCCUAGCACCAGCACGCCUUUUACUUCCAGAAGCUGUAAGGAUGGCACAAGAAGUUACAUUACCUCUUUCUUCACAGGAAACCUUGCCUAUACAUGAGAAACAACUGCCUAUACAGGAAAAAGAAGUGGCAUCUGGAAAGCCUGCUUUAGCUCAGAGUACGGAGAAGCAACAUUCGGCUCCUUCCUACUUAAGUCAAGAAAGUAGCAGCUUGCAGUCCAGUAGCACAGAUUUCCAUAAUUUUUCGUUUCAUGACUUGGAAAGUAUUACAAAUAAUUUUGAUGUGCGACCAGAGUCGGAUGGAGGAAAUAAACUGGGAGAAGGUGGCUUUGGCAUUGUGUUCAAAGGCUACAUCAAUGGCAGAAACGUGGCUGUCAAGAAACUUGUUGCUAUGGUUAAUGUUAGCGUUCAGGACUUGAAACAGCAAUUUGAUCAAGAAAUAGAAAUAAUGGCAAAGUGUCAGCAUGAGAAUCUAGUAGAAUUACUUGGUUUCUCAAGCGAUGGUGCUCAGCCAUGUUUGGUGUAUGAAUACAUGCCCAAUGGUUCAUUGCUUGACAGACUGGCUUGUCUGGGUGACACUCCACCAAUUUCUUGGAGUAUAAGAUGUAAAAUUGUUCAAGGUACAGCAAACGGCAUCAACUUCUUGCAUGAAAAUAAUCAUAUUCACAGAGAUAUUAAAAGUGCAAAUAUCUUAUUAACUGAUACAUACAUGCCCAAAAUUUCUGACUUUGGACUUGCAAGAGCGUCUGUAACGUUCACACAAACAAUCAUGACUGAAAGAAUUGUUGGAACAGCAGCCUAUAUGGCGCCUGAAGCUCUGCGAGGAGAGAUAACACCUAAAUCUGAUAUCUUCAGUUUUGGAGUAGUCUUACUAGAAAUAAUAACGGGUCUCCCUCCAGUAGAUGAAAACCGGGAGCCACAGUUACUGUUAAGCAUCAAAGAUGACAUUGAGGAUGAGGAAGCAACUAUUGUGGAUUAUGUUGAUGGAAAGAUGAGUGACUGGGAUGCACCUUCGGUUCAUAAAAUGUAUUCAAUUGCUGAGCGGUGUCUGAAUGAGAGAAAAUCCAGAAGGCCAGACAUUAAGAUGGUCCAACAGCAUCUACAGGAGAUAAAAACUUAACACGUGUUUCUUCUGAGGUGCAGUAGACACCAAUAGCAAAUAUUUUAUUAGUAUUUAGUGUGACAUAAUCUGCUUUUCUGCUUUCCAGAACUUUCUGGUCUGCGUAUAAGGUAUGCUGUUAGCUUGUCCCCACUCUGCUAUUUUUGUUAGCUGAGCAGCCUUUUCACAUAUUCUGGGCCCUUGACAUAAGAAAACUCGUUUUGUAUUAACAAAUAGCAGUGCUGGUGCCUCUUCUCCGCAGCUUUUUAAAAAGCAUUUUCAUAUUAGAAUCUAUUUGAUUCUUUUGAUUUCCAAGUAUCAAGUAUGUCUGCUGCAAAGGCAUAUGACAGUAACAGAGUAGAAUGUUUUUCCUGCAAAUUGCUUUCUUGAUCAGGUGUACUGAGACAUUUUUCUACUGAAGACAACAUUUAAUAGAUCUAAGCGGCACUUAUGUUGUCUUUUGGGGAAAAGAUAGUGUUAGUACCCAUUGAAACCAACAUUUAUUUAGCAUUUUAACUUGAGAGUUCAUGUGAGUGUGAAUGGACUGGUAGCGGUUGCGAAUGUCACUGUUUUUCAGAAAGUCUUCUCAGGAUUAGUGUUAGUCAAAUUAAUGCUGCAAGACACAUUCUGCAUUGGUUUUUGGUUUCAAGGAUUUGCAGGCAGAAUAAUAACCUCACAUUGCAAAUGCAAAAAUACAUACGGUUUUCUUCCAGUGAACGCUGUAUGAUGAAAGCCCAUUUAAUUUUUGUUCAGAGGAAGCCUCUUAGCUACUUUGAAUAUUUUAUACUUGAGGAGAGGAUUCCAAAGGGAGAUUAUAAAUACAGAUGGUUUAUUUUGUUAAAGGGGACAGAAUAAUAAUUGUAUGAAGACCAAUUAUUUGGGUUUUAGGCAAAUAAUUAAGCUCUUUCAUACAUUUUUAUAUAUGGAUGUAUAUUAAUAAAUAAAUAUUAAAAUAUACUUAAAAAACCAGCAUGGAAAUCUUUCUAAUAGAAACAUUAACAGAUCAAAGGAGACUAAAAAUGGAAUGAAAAUGACUAAUAAGAUUCCAAAUACUUUCAACUAAGUGGGUAUGAAAAUUCUACCAUUGUAAAUGAAAAAGGUUCUUUUCUUAUACACCUAUUUGCAUCUUGUGGACUUUUUCUUGACAGCUUAGGGCUAGGAAAAUAGCGUGGCUUGCAGCUACAUUUGAAAUCCAUGAUUAUCACAGAAAAAGGAAACAAUGAGAAACGAUCUGACUGCAUUCAGGGAUAUAUAUAUCUUUGUAGAAAGCAUGUGAUUUGUAACAAUUGGAUUUAUCUCAGUAGAACUCUGGCUGUUAAGUCAUUCUGUAUUGCUUUUUAAAAUGGAUAGAUUGAUUUGGAAAAGUGUCCAUCUAAACAGCUUCUAGUUUAAUUGAGCAUAAAUUGUAAAUAGCUGUUAACAUAAAUAAAAACUCUGCAUUAUCAUUGCAGAUAAUUAUUUCUGCUAUUAAAACUUUGAGUCUUGGAAA